AUCAGUAAACAAUAAACAAUCGCCAUCCUCUGUUUUCUUCCCUCCAAGUCUCCAACUUGGAUCUUUGCAGAGAUAAAUUUACAGUCUUCGGAUUUUGGAUGAUUAAACAAAACCCGAAUAUACAUUUACAUAAAGAUAUAAUUGUGGAUGAUCGGAAUCGGAGAGCGGUUUCUGAUCUCGGAAUUUCCAUCUUUGUUCGCCUGUAACUCGAUCUGCAUGAACGGUGGAACGGCGAGUGAGGGAUUGUUGUUGUGAAGGUUUUGUGGCGGUGGAUUGCCCCCCAACAUGUCUGCCAUAGUGUGCGGCAAGAGAUCGAGCUUCUUUGAGGAUUUGCCGUCACCGUCGCCGUCGUCAGCUGCAUCGCCGUCGUCCCCUCCGAGCGCGAAGAGGAUCCGCUGUUCCUCUUUCUCUCCGCCCAGAUCCGUCGCCAGUUUGUUCUCCGUCUCAUCGCCGCUGGGUCAUUUGAUUGCUCGCUUCCCUAGCAUGGACAAAGAGUUGCUAGAAAAGGCGCUUCAUGAAUGUGGAAAUGAUCUUGAUUCGACCAUUAAGAGCCUAAAUGAACUUUUUUUGGGAUCUGGCGAGAAUGCCACCACACCUGCCGGAAAGGCCAAUGCCACCUCAGAGUCCAGCAGACAUGUUUUGAGUCAAGGCUCAACAAGUAAUGGGGAUGUCUCACCUCAAGAGCAAACACUCACAAAUAACCAGCCCCCUUUAAAUAGGGAAGAAUUUGUUGACAUUUUUGUUAGAGAAAUGAUGAUUGCCUCUGAUAUAGAUGAUGCUAAAGCCCGUGCUUCGUGGGCCCUUGAGGUUCUGGAGAAGUCCAUUUGUAUGCACACUUCAGCUGCUGCCACCCAGAGUUUCCAACAGGAGAAUGUGAUGCUGAAACAACAGCUUGAAGCUUUACUACAGGAGAAUAAUAUUCUGAAACGCGCAGUUUCCAUACAACAUGACCGACAGAAAGAAUUUGAUGAAAGAGGCAAAGAAGUGAACCAUUUGAAGCAGCUCUUAGCUCAAUACCAAGAGCAGCUUAGAACUCUCGAGGUUAACAACUACGCGCUCGCAAUGCAUCUCAAACAGGCACAACAAAGCAACUCCAUCCCGGGACGUUUCAACCCAGACGUCUUUUAGUGUGAGCUCGGCGUGCGGUUGGCCGUGGUGCACAACUUAUACUACCUCUGCAAACUGUGUUGCAGGGCAUGUGUGUUUUGGUAUGUUUCAGUCUGUUAGCUGUCAAAGCAUAUGGCCUGGUCUGUCUUCACGUGUUUGAUUAUUUGUCUGCUGCAAUCACUCAACUCAAAUUUAUAUUAAUUGUUUGCCCUUUGUGGCUUGUUGUAUUCAUAUUAAUUAAUGAUUAUAUACUGGCAUAGGUUGUAAUCCACAUGCCUAUUACUCGGGUACAACUGAAAUCUGCCCUAUCUGUAAUGUGCAUGGAUUGCUCAACUGAACUGCUACAUAACUAAUGAGUAUUCUUUAUUUCCCAAAAAAUAGAGUUUAGGGUU